AUGGCGCACCUAGUGCGCGCUUGGAGCUGGACGCGCCUCGACGGCCGCAACGUGCUGGCCAUGCCCACGCAGACCGAGAUCCGGCUCUAUGACAGCGACGAGUUCAUGCUGUUGUCCCGUCUCACGCCGUCCGGCCACCGCUCGCCCGUGGCGUUCGUGCGCUGGAGCGCCUUCCACGGCAAACUCGCGUCGCUCUCGGCCGAGCAGAUCGUUGUCCACGCGCCUCAGCGGGACGGUCAGCACCACCAACAGCAACUGCCCAGCAGCGUCCCGUUUGUCGUCGUGUGCUGCUUCCCGCUGGACGUGGUCCACACGAACAUCCGCAGCCUCGCGUUCUCACGGCACGCAGCUGAGCUGCUUUUCUGCGGCCGCCACGUCGGACAAAUUGGGAAACUCGACGUGCGGGGGAAUCAAGACGCUGGUCGUGACCAUGCGCUGGUGUUAUGGCAAGUGGAAGAGCGAGGAGUUGACGUGGCCAAGUACUCGCCCAGUGCGUUUGUGUUUGCGACGCUGCGGACGAACGAGCGAGCGGUGCAAGUAUGGCGAAUGAAGAGACGAGUAGGCGAAGCAAACGACAGGCAGACGCUGGACCGAGUGGAGACGCUGUCGCAUGCGGCGCCUGUGGUCUAUUUGUCGUGGAAACCUGCGCGAACGCAGUGGCACUCGGCGCUGGAGUCGGACGGGACGACGAAAGCACAAUAUUUUGAACCUGUGCGGAUCCUCUUGACGUGUACUGUAACGAGGGCGGUGUGUAUAUGGACCGAGAGGGAGGACGAGCGCGAUGGCGUGUGUUUUGACUGCGUGCUGACGGUUGCACCGACGUUCUUGAUGCACAAUGUGCGCUGGGUCGUGUCAAAGAACCGAAACAUUAGUGAGGAGAAUGGGGUUGUUGCUACAACUGACGUAGGCGUGACAACGUCAACGUCGCCUACUGUGGAGGAAACGUCGCUUGAGAUUCAAUUUUAUGGCGAAAACGAUCGAUGUGAUGCUGAUAUGGGCGUGGGGAUUGCAGACGUGUGCGUCGUGGCCUACAUUUCACAAAAUUACACCGGAAUGCCCUCGAAGCUUGGUAUUGUGCUCCAACGCAUGGAUCAUAUUAUCAUGUCGUUUCACAUUGCAGUAGGAGAGGGAGAUCAGCCGUCGCACGUUGUAAAAAAGUCGUGGUACCGAAGUCACCUUGGCUCUAUUUCAGCAUUAUCGGCGCAUCCGUCGUUGCCCCUGAUUGCUAGCGUGGAUGCACAUGCAUCCGAAUGCGACGGCGCUCGAAGGUAUGACGUUCUCGUGUACUGGAUUUCGUUUUCCGCGUUUUCUGCGGAAUCGCAGCUAAUUCCAUCGGGUGUGCUGCCUUGCGACAAGGAUAGCGGUAACGUGCUGUGUGUUCAAUGGGUACCGACGCUCCACUUCGACGCCACGCCUCUACUUCUCGUUGUUUUUGACUCAGGUGUUAUAGAUGUGUACAGUCGGUCCGCCGAAGCCGAUGUUUCAGUUGUGUCUUCUCCGAGAUUGCAAUUGCUUCGGCAGCAGCAGCAGGAACGUACUUGCUCUUCGAGUCCAUCGGGUUCUGAAUAUGAGGUUUCGUGUGGAAAACCAAGUAGUUUAGCGCUCGAUAUUGAAUUUGAGGAGAAUGAGGGAAAGCUGAUCGUUCGACGGAAUAGUUCCAGCAACAAGUACCUUCGGGACGUGGUCGUGGGCGAUGAACUUGUGGACAUCAACAACGAAGGCGUUGUGGGGAAGAAGGUGAAAGACGUCAUGGCCAUGUUUGAUUCAAUCCAACCGGGUGCAGCCCUGCUCAUGCGUUUUCGAGUCGUUGACGCGCGAAAUAAUUUGACAACAAAAACAGCACCAGCUACACACAAAACCGCUUCUGGUUCAACAGCGUCUGUUCCGUUUCAGCCGACGUUCAGCAGCGGCGAGGAUCUAAAUGAUCCGAAGCACACAGUUGAAGAGCAUCAACAAUACGUCACGUCAUCGCUUGAGAACCACUACCUGCAUGAUCUGCAUGGUAUUGACAACACGGUUCGCGUAGGUGCGGUGUCGAUGUAUGGUGGUUGGAGACAGAUGUUUCAUAGGAAAGUGCAACGUGCACUGUCGUUGCUCUGUGUUUGUCCAUUUUACGCGGACGAUGGUGACUACGUACCAAACUCUGUGUUAAUGUUCGGCAUAGAAUCAAUACCAGGGAAGCUUUGCAUGUGGAAAGGUGUGCAUAAUGGCACAGAUGGGUCGUUUGAAUUGCUUCCUCUUCAAGUCCAAGAUGUAGCGGUGAAGAAGAAAGCCAACAUCACUGCGAUUGCCGGUGAAAGGGACUACCGUCAGCGAGCAUUUUCGAGCAAGAGAGCUCAAGGCCGCAACAGUCUAAACUCGCUUGUUUUCAUUGGUGAUGCAGCCGGCUUUAUUGAGCACUGGCGAUGUCAGGUUAUCGGAAACUCUAUUCACUUUACAAUGAUGAGCUCUCACCCUGUUUGUGGAAGCAGCAAUGUUUCUUCGUUUGAUGAUCAUCCGACGACCGAGUCGUUGGGGCCGUUCUGUCGACGUGGAUAUGUAUAUGCUGAUCGAGUAACAGGUUCUAGUCAGAGCGGAGAUGCAGUCAUGGUGGCUGGUAGUGUCGGUCAUAUCGAAGUGGACGAUCCAAAUCGCCUGGCUGUACUGCGUGUAGAUCGACCCGAUGAGUUACAUAUAUUUGAGGCGGAGUCUGGGCUUGGAAUAUUACGCGCAGAAGACUCAAUUACGUCAAAUGGCCGAGGGAACAUUUUGGGUUUUAACUGGUGCAAUUCGCAUGUCGAGUUUAAUAUCGAUGCUCUCGCAGUAAGGUACAAGCAUGCAACAGUGAUGUAUCAGUACGAUACGACUCUACAUCGCUGGUCGCAAAUUGGCGAUGACAUAGUAAGCCCACUACCUCUGUUCGAUUGUACGCGAGAUUCGUCCGCUUUGUUGGUCGGAGGGGGUAUUCGCAAGGACGCGCAACUUGAUCGGUCGUCAUUCGAACCAAUAACCAACGAAAUGCCUGUGGUUCUUGGUAAGUGGGAUGAGCCAGGAAGUCAUUUACAGCGCUCGAUGGACUGGAAAGCGGCAGAGUCCCCACAAAAGCUGCCUAUGUGGCAUCCUUACGUACUUCUCACGACAAUGUUUGGCAUGCAUGCGCGCGUUGGAGAAAAGGAUACGUCACUUGCUGGUGACCGUGCAUCCUACGCAUUUUCCAGAGCUUUCAGUGAUGCGACACAAAUGCUGAAGCUACUUGCCAGAGUGCUGCAAGAUAAGCAUUCUGCUCAGGCGAGUGCCUCCAGUGGAGUGUUCUCGUACACUAGUCCAGAACAAGCUCCAGAAGCGGCUGCGAAGCAAGCUGAAUCGGGGCGUGUUCGUGGGCUGGAUUACGUUGGUCGAUAUUCGACAUUAAUCCAUCGAAGCGAUAAGAUCGACAAAGCCGAAAACCUUUUUACUGCUCCUGCGAGUAACAGCAGUCGACGAAGACAAACUUUUGAUCAAGAUAAAUCUUUUCUUGACGAGGAGGAUCAUCGCACUUUGGCACCAGACGAAGCAGCAGUGAUUGUGGGAGCAGUUGAUUCUAUGCUGUUAGGCAAAGUACAUCCGUUGCAAGCAAACGCGUCCGUGAUAUUCGCCUCGUUUGGCGAAGAACAUCUUGUGGAGAUGAAGGCGCUCCUGAGCUUUGUCGAUGUAAUCCAGUCACUAGGUUUUGAUUUGGACGCUUCAGCUGCAGAUCUGGGUGCAAAGCGCUAUUUUUCAAUGUGUCUGUUUGCGAAGUCUUUACGAAGUGUAGUACGUGCACACGUUGGUAAUUGCACUAGUAAUCCGCAAAACGGGGAUCCUGAUCCGUUUUCAGCCAAAUUAAACUGGAGGAAUAUGCAUAGCGAGUGCGAGGAUUGUUCUUGGUCGCCAAGUUUGGAGGAGACUCCUUCGUCAGGCCUAUUGUGGGCCUUACACUCGGACGCGCAACAGUUUUUGUGGGAACAUUGUAUUGAACCUGGCAUGCUGUGGGACGAUAUUCGUCCUCAGUGGCUAGGACUUUGGAUCAAGGAUGUUCAAGACUUGCGGGGGAUAGUGGAAAGAUUUGCGAAAGUUUCGUACAUGCGAUCCAAAGACGCUAUGGAAGUGUGUUUGCUUUACGUGGCAUUAGGCAAGAAAAACGUGUUAAGUGCGCUGGCGAAGAUUUCUCAGUCGCAGUCAAACAAGAGACUAGCCUCGUUCUUGGAUAAUGAUUUUUCUGAAAAAUACUGGAGCAAUGCAGCAAUAAAGAACGCGUAUUCGCUUCUCAGCAAGAAACAGUACGAAGCAGCAGCAUCUUUUUUUCUCCUGUGCGAGCCACCACGUGUUCAGGAUGCAAUUCGUGUUCUAUCGGUCCGUCAAGGAGACCCAAGUUUGGCAUUGAUUAUUUCGAGGCUUGUAGAAUUCCGUGUCGACUACAACGAUGCGUUUAAUAGUCAACGGGGGAUCACACCGGCAGGGGUCACCACGAAACAGCUGCUGGAACAAGACAUAUUGCCUCUUUUUCGCCGAAAGCGUGAUGUGUGGUUGGAGAGUUGUGCGCUAUGGUGGCUAGAAGAUUUCGAACAAGCGUGGGCUGUCUUGCUUCCACAAUUUCAGAACGUCGAUGUUUGCCGAGAAAACAAGUUGACGCUUCCAACACAGGACAGCCUCCUUUCCAACGUGAUGCGAGCGACGCACUUCUAUGUCAACUUAACGUCUCUCACUAUCUAUUUUCAGCAUCUGCACUCGAACGUUAAUUCCUCUUUACUGAGCUGGGCCAAGAAAAAAAUGCAUCAAAGAGUAUUCCCCGACACCUCGGCGUCAUCAGCCAUGGCCUCGUCGGGAAAGAGGCGCUUACAGCUUGCUUCGACCGCCGACAUCGAACAUGCGUUUUCGUUCGCUGCCUACGUAUGCAAGCGAAAUGGACUGAGUGAUACUGCACUUGUAGAAAUGCUUCAAGCGCGACAUCUAAUCAAUCUUCACGCGCGCUUUGAGAUAUCAGCUAUUGAAGCCAGCAAUGAUGUAAGUAGCAAUGCAAAACUGGAAGAUGAUCCCACAAGUCUAUCUGAAGAUCCUACUUUCGAGAAGAAUCAGGGUUUGCGAACAAGCUGGGGACGCGCGGAUAAGCCGUCGAGCUUUACCUCUCCGAUCGCUAACCGAUCAGCGAGUCGAGCAGCUUGGAUCACACCGCGGAGGCGAAUGAGCUUUAUGGACACAGUUUGUCUGCCACGUGUGGAGGUACAGGUGACAGAAAAGAAGGCACCACCUCGUCGGGCGCGUGCAAGCUCCCUAUCGUGGAAAUCGCUGCAAUCUGAUAAGCCUAUUCCUACAGCACCGUGGCUACAGACGCAAAUUGCAGAUAUCGAGUGUAGGCGAUGGGCAUCGUCCGCAUUUGUUGGUAAAAUGAUUGGCAUUCGAGUGGCACGCGAGAUGAUCAGCCAUUUCCGCGCCGAGCUGGAUGUGUAUUUUCGGCAUGGUCAUGACAACGAUUCGUCCGUACACGCUUCGGCCAUUGCAACGACUUUAGGUCAACGGCACCACCAUCGCGUUAAGCUUCACAGAAAGUUCUUGAACGAGUUGUGCACCCCCCUUUGUGAGCAGUUUCAAGUGGACCGUAAAUAUGUGUACGAAGCGGGGCUAGCUGUGAUGCAUCCGCACGCGCACCUACACAUCGUCGAGGUCUGUUUCCUUUUAUCAGAACUGGAGAGAGCAUCAACUUUGCGCAAAUGGAUCGAGUACGUGUCGUUGUCGAUGCUGCAUUCAUGCUCUACUUUCGCUUCGUGUAGCAUCGCUGAGGAUGUGCAUCGCGACUGGGAAAGCCUCACCAUUCAGCUAUGUUACAUCCUCAACCUCGACUCGCAGGGACAGAUCUGCGUUCCGCCUCAAGUGGUCACGCACAUUAGUGUUGCGGUACGAACUGGAAUUAUCUUUUUGGGUUGGGCCCGGAAUCGGUCCGAUAUAGUUCGCCAGGCUCUCGCCCUGCCAUUCUGUCCGCACGACACUGCCAACAGCGCGUCCACAGGUGACUCUGGUCCUUCCUUGAGCUCUUUCGCAUUCGAGAAAAAUCUGCACUUGUUGUGCAGACUGUUGGAAAUAUCUGCUGCAAAUAAGCGAGAAGUCCGCAAGACCCGGAUCUUUGAAGGGAAAUUGGGAUACACUUUUCUUGGUGCUGUUGCGACACGUCGAGCGGGCGACGACAAUAUAUCACUGCUGUCUUGGGGUGGCGUUGAAACCUCAGCGAGUCAGAAUCAAUAUAAGAUUCGGAAGAUGUACACUCUAGUUUUGAUGGUGUCUGUGCUCCGCACGCUGUACGCACGGGCCACCGUUUUCCUCAACACGUAUCGAGAAACUCAUGACGACGACGACAAAGAGGUUGUUGAAGCAGACAUUGCAACGUCGUUGUUUAUUCCUCAAAAACUAUGGAAAGCGCUAGGUGGAGGACCCUUGGAAGGGCUAAAGCAGUGGUAUGCACUCAUCGAGUCUCACUUGAGAUGCGAGUUUGAUUAUAACGUGAACGAAGUACCGUGUCUGUGUGGCCUCUAUGGCCUGGAUACCACAGCAUUUCAAGAAGCUGCGAAGAGAGGAACGAAACAGCCGAGAUGCCAAGAAAAUUGCGGCGGCGAUGGUGAGAAGUCUAUCAACAAUGGCGUUUCGUGCGGGAGCAUGAUUGAUCCUGACGGCGGUAAGAAGAUGAAUGGUACCGCGUGUGCUUCCCCGUCUGAGUUCAGUGCACAUAAAGCGGCUGGUGAUGACAGUCCAAGUCGUCUGCAGACUUUCCUUAACGAGACGGGAAUGGGCGCUGAACUACAUACGGUAAUGGUGAACGCAAGUGACGAUUACAUUCUGUUGCUGAUGCAGAACGCAGACUUCGGUGUGCGAACAACCUUGCGACGUUUUCGCUUGGACCCUCGGGUGUACGUGAAAAGCUUUGUGCUGCAAGAUGCCUUCAGUUGGUUUGCCUGCCACGACAUUUUUAGCUGCGCUACCAAAAUUGACUCCAGUCGAGGAGCUCACGCAUUCUUGAGUCGCUGUUGCAAAGAGCGAAAACUGCGAUUACUAGUGACUCACCGAGGUGGGGACACUCAGAUGUUUCCGUUCGAUCGUCAACACUCUCAUUUGCACCACAAAAAUGCUGCUGGUACUACUUUAGCUUCGAGUGUGCAACCACUAUCCCGAUCACAAUCGGCAAGUGCAACGGGACCACCUGAAAGCGAUGUGACCCUGUCACAGUCGCAAUUUCCAAACGAGAUCGCUGCAUCGGAACGUCGUGAUACCGAUUCUCUACCAGAGGCUACGUACUUGCAGUCGAUGAUAUUUGUCGACCCAUGGGAAGUUGAGGCGGAGCAUAAUGUGCGACGAUACAUGCAUAAUGGUCAUCCUCCACUACAUGUGGAGCUUGGAUGGAACCGCUUAAGCCCAGUUUGUUUGGAAACUUGCGACGGAAUUGUCACCUCAGUCUUUGAGGACCCUGACUUGGUGACAAUGUGGAAAGCUACAGCUGGAGAAAGCUGGCUUGUGACGGCCAUUACCCAUUACCAGCUGGAUGGUCUUCACUCGUAUCGCACACUUUACCAGCACGUAGAGCGUGGUCUUGCUGGGCAAGAGGAGCUAAGAAUCCCUUUUCUCGUUGAGGUCUACUCGCGGUGCCAACGAAAUGCGAUGUUUGAGGAAGCGGGUCUGCCCCAUCGGUUCGUUGGAGUUGUCAGUGUGGAAUUGGUUGAAGCAAAGGAUCUGAUUGCAUGCAGCUGGAUAGGGACGUGGAGUGAUCCAUUUGUGUUCUUGCAGCUAGGUCACUCGAAUGAUGAUCUGCAGGAGACAGCAGACGAGUGGAGUCUUCGAACAUAUCGGAGCCCAGUCGGCAAAGGCGGCGUCAAUCCGCAAUGGAGCACGGCGAAUAACAAAUACGUAUUCCGCUUUGCUAUUCCCACACACAGGAAGCACACGGCUCGUACGGCCAGAGGCCUUCACUUUUCCGGAGGUGAAGAGAGUGCACGCGGUGGUGACGCAAAGGACGGUCACGUGAUUUCACAACUGUGGGCUGCUGAUGUCAACGACCGGAAUCGAGCUGCUGUGGUUGCUUUGGAGAAGCUGCUUCCAUCGGCGUUCUCUGGUCCGCCAGCAUUGCUGCGGUGCACCAUGUACCACGAGAACAAGGUCCCUCUUGACGAGCUUACGUGCAGCAACCAGAUGGACUGCUGGUUGCCGCUUGAAGACACAAUGAGCGGCUCCUUGCAUGUGAGAAUCUCUCUGUCGUUUCAGCUCAUGUGUUCGUCCACGGCUGAUCGGUGA